UACAUAUGAAAAAUACUAACUUACGUUUUUUUUGGAAAUUAGCAAGCACAUCGGCAACCCUUAAUUCAGUAGUAAAUGUCAGAACUACCACCGCCGCAUUGUUUUCGUUGCGAUUUCUUUACUGACUUGUUAAAAAAGUGCAACGUUCAUAAAAUUAACACAAAUUGUGUAAAUAUUAGUAAAUAAACUUUAUAUAUCAACAUGGCAAGAAAGUCUGCACCAGCUGAAGAUCUUUCCAAUGUGGAAUUCGAAACCAGUGAAGAUGUUGAGGUCAUACCAACUUUCAACUCUAUGAACCUCAAAGAGGAAUUGUUACGCGGCAUAUACGCUUAUGGAUUUGAAAAACCUUCCGCUAUACAACAGCGUAGUAUAAGACCAAUUAUUAAAGGGCGCGACGUCAUCGCACAAGCACAAUCUGGUACAGGCAAAACAGCAACUUUCUCUAUUUCUAUUUUGCAGAGCCUUGAAACAAGUCUACGAGAAACUCAAGUAUUAUGUUUAUCGCCCACUCGUGAAUUAGCUGUACAAAUUCAAAAAGUUAUACUUGCUUUGGGUGAUUUUAUGAAUGUGCAAUGUCAUGUGUGCAUUGGUGGCACAAAUUUGGGUGAGGAUAUACGAAAGUUAGAUUAUGGUCAGCACAUAGUAAGCGGUACACCAGGACGUGUAUUCGAUAUGAUAAAGAGGCGUGUUUUGAGAACAAGAGCUAUUAAAAUGUUGGUACUUGACGAAGCUGACGAGAUGUUGAAUAAAGGUUUUAAGGAACAAAUUUAUGACGUAUAUCGGUAUUUACCACCAGCAACACAAGUUGUACUUAUAUCUGCUACAUUGCCGCAUGAGAUUUUGGAAAUGACUUCUAAAUUUAUGACGGAUCCAAUACGUAUUUUAGUAAAACGUGAUGAAUUGACUCUGGAAGGGAUUAAACAAUUUUUUGUUGCUGUUGAACGUGAAGAAUGGAAGUUUGAUACCCUAUGUGACCUGUAUGAUACCUUAACUAUUACACAAGCAGUCAUAUUCUGUAAUACUAAACGUAAGGUAGAUUGGCUCACAGAAAAAAUGCGAGAAGCAAACUUUACAGUUAGCUCUAUGCAUGGCGAUAUGCCACAAAAAGAACGUGACGAAAUUAUGAAGGAGUUUCGAGCUGGCCAAUCACGUGUGCUAAUAACCACUGAUGUUUGGGCCCGUGGUAUUGAUGUACAGCAGGUCUCGUUGGUUAUAAACUAUGAUCUACCAAAUAAUCGUGAAUUGUAUAUACAUCGUAUUGGUCGUUCAGGUCGGUUCGGACGUAAAGGUGUAGCCAUAAACUUCGUAAAAUCUGAUGAUAUACGUAUUCUACGUGAUAUUGAACAAUAUUACUCUACACAAAUUGAUGAAAUGCCCAUGAAUGUAGCAGAUUUAAUAUAAUUACAAUUUUUAUUUAAGACUUUAACAUUACAAUUUAAUAAUACAUACAAUGGAUUUAAUAAACAACACAAAUAUUAAACUAAAUUUAAUUUUUUUUACUUAAAACGUUAAAAUUAUCUGGUUUUAGGUACUUAUAAAAUUAAUAUUCUAUUGUUUUAAACAUUUCCGCUUUGGUAUAAAAUAAUUUUAUACAAUUUUUGUAGUUAUAAAAUAUAAUUCCUAUCUAUUGUAGAAUGGGAACUACCUGAGCACUU